UGUCUUUAAUUCCCGUAGCAACUGUUAUAUAAUAGAAACUUUGAUAAUUCUUUUGAAAUAACGCAGUCUUCGAAAUGUUCAUUUAUUUAAUAAAUAUAUAAAAAAUGGUAACGUAGUUAGAGAAAGAGGUGUUGUGUUUAAAAAAUGAUUCAUUGAUGCAUUAGAAACACGAGAACCAACGACGACCUUUGCGAAACGCUAAAAUAUGAUGUGAGCCAAACGGCAGAUGUUACGCACAGUGCCAGAACCAAUUUGGACCGUCUCAGGAAUGCUCGAUGCUGGUUUUAUACAAGCAUACUGGGAAACGCUUCUCAAGACUUUCAAAGCGAAUUGUCAGGGAAACGAUUUCACUGUUUUUACUACGCAAGCCUUGCUUAAGCGUUACUUAAGAGGCAGGAGUGGUAGUAUUCUUCGGUAUAAGACAGUGGCUUCGACUGAGUCAUAUCUCACGCGAAUGAGUUUUAUCAUGCAAUUCCGCCAAUGUACAACGCAAUUCGGCGAAAAUAUACAGACAAGAAUUUUCGAAGUAGUUCUAACUUGACUAAACAAUCUGUACUAUAUAUUUGAAAUAAAACAGUGACGCGACACGGCGGUGCGCUUAGGAUUGCAUUCUUUAACAACAGUAUUGAAAUUAUCGACGAUUAAAAUAUAAUACUUCUGCUGAGGAACUUGAAAACAGAAAUAUAUGAAGAUAUAUAAUGCAAACUUUUAUCCAUAUAUUUUACGACAAAUCAUUCAAAUACUCAAAAUUUAUCGUUGCAAAUGUAGAAAAUUUCUACGGCAAGGUAUACGAACUGGUCAUAUCGAAUACUUUGAUAAUUUUGAAGUAAAUAUAGCGAUAGUAUUUUUAAAGCGGCAGAUUACGGUCGUGGACGGAUUUAGAGUUUCGAACGGAUGUGAAUGAUCGAUUCUAAUUCGCCCGUGCGUUUCAAAUUAGCGUCUUGGAGCAUAUUCGACGGCCCGUGGAAACUUUUUACGCUCGAUAACGCAAUUAAACAGUCGCUCUUUAUCACUGCGAUCGACGACCAAUGGUGCAAUAUGCUAACGCAAUUAUUUCUAUCGUCAACGACGACCUGUCAUGGCGCGUCGUAUCGCUCGCAAAAAUUCCGUGUUGUUCCUCCAUAUAAAAUUCGUACGUGCGACGUCAAGAGUAACGGCAGUUCUGCUUCGUUACUUUACAUAUUUUUCACGCAGAUAAAAGGAGCACGCAUAUCCAAACGCAACGCGUACGACACGAACGCCGUCAUGGCGUAUUAUAAGAAAAACGUGUUCGAGGGUGAAUUAACAUAACGUGUUACCGGGUUAUACGAAAAGGCACGCAAGUCUCAUCUGGCCGUCGAGUAUAUUUGCGAUUCAGGCCUGCCAACACCUUUGCAAAUUUGUCUAACGACAACGUUGAUGGCGUUUCGCAUUUUAAUUAUUAUUUUAGCUGUUCGUUAGCAAUUUCUGAUAAAAUCUAAGGAUCACCGAUGGCUGAUUACAAGUUUCAAUCGUGAUUUCUCGUGGUAUUUCAUUCGAAUAUUGCUGCGCGAAUAAUUAAUAGACAAACAUCUUUGCAAAUUUAUUUAAUGAGAAUAUCGACGAUGUUCUCUGCCUCAAUUUCUAUUUCGAUUGUUCGUUGAAUAAUUUCCGGUAGAAUCAAUAAAUUACGGACAACAAUAUAGGAAUUUUGGUCGCUUACGAUCUAUGUAUAAUCACGACUUUUCUCGGUGUUCUAUUCAAUUAUGGAGAAUAAAGCAAUCGAACACGGAUAAUGAAUCAAAUGAACCAAUUAUUUCCGCUCUCCGCGACAUCAACCGCGAUCGAACCUGUAACGUGUUGCAAGCGCGGGUCAAGGAUUGGUUUAUAUUUUAGUGUUCAACAAUUGGGCGCGAUUUUAUUCUAACGUGUAAUAAAUGUAUAUCAAAUCCAUUUAUGACAUCGUACUAAGAAUCGUACUUCAAUCGUAUAGGUAUAAUUUCACCGUUUAAAAGAAACAAACGUUUCGAUUCGAACGAUUACGUCGUUAAUUGCCGAUCGAUAUCUUCAUUGUAUAGCGAGGUGCUUUCAGCACUUUCCAAACUACUCGUAUCGGCUACUUGGCCCGUGGUUGUGUACGAAACCGACGAGCAAUUGUUACGAAUCGUUAAUGAUACGUUCUUUGCGUUCUCGUACGCAAGCACUCGCUGAAACGAAGCACGUUAUUAACUCGGACGGUCGCUUUUCGACGUGGAAUCUUUAAUGAAAAGAUACCUACACAAGCUGUAUUGAUCAUACGGAACAAUGCAACGUCGAUUGCUAAAAUUAACUGUCACGACGCUCUUAAAGAAGAGAGUUGACAGUCUAGAAGUGGCUCGUCCGCUAGACGCACGGCAUAUUUAAACGGUCUAAUUUAGUAUUAAUUUUAAUUAGCCAGCAUCGUCUAUUUGUCGCCACUCGUGCCGUUAGCGACGAGUGAAUGUAAGCGAAUCGUAAAAGUGUGCACGAUAAUUUUGAGGGGCGCUCUACGAUGCCAAUAGCUGUUGACUUAAUUAAUGAUCAUUACAUACAAGCCAGCGGAUCGUGCGCGAUAACAUGACUUUUUUUUAGCCAUCUCUAUAUUUCUCGAGACAUCUCAACAUUCUCGAACGUUUUCAUUGGACGGAUACCGCCAAAGAUAACAUCCAUGCGAUUCUACGUACGUCCGAUAUAUUUUCGUGAAAUUACGUUAAACGAUUUAUACCAGUUUCUGAAAUUGAAAACGGUGCAAGGAAGAGAAAGAAAAGAGAGAAAACACUGGAGAAUGAAAUUACGCUCCUAUUUCCGUCCUUUCUCGAAGCGGGGUAAAAUUGAUUUACGUCGGACUCGUUCUCGUGCCAAGCAAGGCUAGCGAUAAUUUCGAAAAGAUUAUGUAUAUUUGUCUUCGUUAAACUGGAUGAACGAAUGCGUCGUUAUAAAUUUCGUUUAAUCGCAUUAAUCGGCUCUCGAUAAAGUAAACGGGACGUGAAACGAUGAGACGAUGGUUUUACUGGGAUUAAUAACAAAGAUAGAAAUUAUCGAUUUGCGUGUCGAUGAUAAACGAAACGUUCGGUUAUAAUCAGCUCCAUCGUAUUAAUGCUCGAUUCACGUAUAACACUAUCGAUUCUUCUGUUCCUAUCUAAGCGAAUCUAGCCGAUGAAAGCUUCAAAUGUUUUCAACCGUUUGGACAUUUCAGGUUUCGGCCACACAUAAUCAAAUUUUCAAGUAAAGCUUAAUAAUAACGGCACAGCAAUAGAACAUGGAUCGACCAUUCGAUUAUGAAAAUCCUAAUGACAACAGAAAUGUAACGCAACAGACUGUUCAUCAAGAACCGAAUCCAGCCGUGGAUAACCCAGUUGUCGAAAGGGGAAGUAGAAGAGGAUGUCGCAGGCGUUCCCGAAGAAGAAGAAGGAAGUCCAAAUGCGUCUGCAAGCCUCGUAGAAGGCUGAUUCUAUCGUCUAAUCCUUUCAUCAUCUUCUAUUUGGAAAUGUACUUCAAAACGCCUGGGAAACGCGUGACGACAGUGGCUCGCGAGGCUGGUAAAAAGUGGUGUUCCAUGUCGGAAAGUUCAAAGCGAAAGUACUACAAGCUCGCAGAAAGGGUGAGGCGACGAUGCUCCUCGCGGCGGAGGAGAUAGCUUGCUAUACGAUGCACGAAGUGUCUGAUUUACUUCGUAUCCGUGAUAUCAUUCUGAUGAUAGGAUAAAAGAAUACCCGGAAGAAAGCUUGAACGCUCUCACGUAACAAAGUGACGCGUAUUCCAAAGCAAGAAACGGCCGUUUGAAACGCGAAACGCGUGCAACCUGCAGAAGUCGUAUUAUCGUAAAAUCGAGGCAUCGUAUCGAAAUUCGAAUCAUGGAAUUCGUGUUCGAAAAACGAGAUCGAGCGUAUAUACAUUCACACUGAAACAUACUUUGUACUUUGUGGAACGAAUGUACAGGUUUUUUUAUACGUAGAAAAGGCCAGAACGUUGCGCAACGACGGCGUGUUGCAGAAAAUGGAAAAGGCAAAUAACAGAGGAAGGGAGAAACACGGAGGAAGAAAAAAAAAAUCGAUGGACACGCGUGUCGGUGUUGUUGGUCGGCGAUAUUCCCCGAUAAGAGGACCGCGUGCAUCAGAGAGAUAUAUUUUUACUAAAGGCGGGUAUUAAAGAGUCGAGCAUCGAGCGCGUGCAGCUUACGGAAGCUCAAGGCUGUAGCUACCCUCUCGGUCACUAUGUUACUGCCUGAUCCUUGCGGGUUGAACGAGGUCAAGGUCGUUCGACACGAGAACUUUAAGUGCUUCCACGAUUCAUUGAAUUCCUCCCCCCUCCCCCCUGUGCUCGUCCUUUGCAACGGAAAAUCGCGAUUUUAUGCAAGACAACAGCACCGUAAACACCGCUCACACCGCGAAUGCUAACUUUAAACGCCUUUUAAGCGGAUUUACCCGACGUCACCUACUCGCUUGCCAUCUAAUUGCGUUCGAGCCUGAACGAUAUCCGACCUUCUACGAUGUCGCGUUCUUUCUUCGCCGAGUCCAAUCCUUCAAUAACAUCGCGCGCUUUUCGACCGCUCCCACGUGAUGAUCCGAGCUAGUCGAAGACUCUUCUGCGCGCGACUUUUACGUGAAAAUAUCGCGUAAUCGUUUAAUGUCCAUCGAACGUUUCUCUCGUUGGAUCAGCGUUUGCAGGGUACCAAACUAUAAUACAACAAAAAAGAAAAAAAAAGAAAAAAAAACGUUCCUUUGAUAAUAAAGGUCCAUGUCACGCUCAACUGUUAAAUUGCUCUUUGGAAUCGUAAGAUAAAUCGCUAGAAAAAUUUUCCUAUUGCGUUAUCAAUUUUUAAUGUAGUAACGGAUAAACAUUUGACUCACCGUACGGAGGAAGGAUACGUCAUCCUGCUCGGAGCCACCCUCGCUGUCAGCCAUCCCGUCGGUACGUUUUCACGUAGCCUGACGCCGAGCUCAGUUCACCUCUCCCUCGCGUUAUUUUUCUCGGUCGUGGUCUGGCCUGGUUCUCCGCGACGCACGUCCACCGUCUCCAGCCUCGUAGUCAAUAGGGUGCGGAUGAACGGUCACACGCGGUCACAAUUCGACAUGGUUCGCCUUUCCGGUGGCACACACACGGCUGCCGGUGCGGAACGUUUACGCGCUGGCCGACGA